AUGAGUCGUAGAAGAGCCCACGAAGAAGACGAAAGCUAUGAACGCGUAUAUAAGAAACGUAGGAGGGUGUCAGAGAAUCAAGAAAUUGAAGAUCGUCUUGAAUCUCUUAUUCUCCGUGUUGGAGAAAAGUCGACAUCAUCUUUGGAAAGCAACUUGGAAGGUUUGGCUUCUGUAUUGGAAGCUGAUCUGGGUUUAUUCCGUAGUAAAAUCCUUAAAAUUUUAACGGAUUGUGCUAUAAAGAUGCCAGAAAAAUGUACAAUUUAUACUACUCUUGUUGGACUGUUAAAUGCGAAGAACUUUAAUUUUGGUGGAGAGUUUGUCGAUUACAUGGUAAAAAAUUUCAAGGAUUCCUUGAAAGCGUGCAAAUGGGAUGUAGCUAGAUAUUGUCUCAGAUUUCUAGCUGAUUUAGUAAAUUGUCAUGUUUUAUCAUGCGGAUCAUUGAUGCAACUGUUUGAUAAUAUGCUAGACACUGCGAAUGAAGAUGGUGUACCACAAGUUAGACGUGAUUGGUAUGUUUAUGCCGUUUUAUCAACACUGCCAUGGGUUGGCAGAGAGCUGUAUGAAAAGAAAGAACAAGAAUUAGAUCAUUUAAUGGUUAUAAUAGAAAUAUUCUUAAACAAACGAAGUAAGAAACAUCAACCGGCACUGAGAGUUUGGUCGAGUGAUACGCCUCAUCCGCAAGAGGAAUAUCUAGAUUGCUUGUGGGCACAAGUUCGCAAGUUGAGACAGGACAAUUGGGCCGAAAAACAUAUUCCACGACCGUAUCUUGCAUUCGAUUCAAUUCUGUGCGAAGCGUUGCAACAUAACUUACCCCCCUUGAUGCCACCUCCACAUCAUGAGUCUUACGUCUAUCCAUUGCCCACUGUCGUCUUUCGUAUGUUCGAUUACACCGACUGCCCUGCUGAAGGACCAUUAUUACCAGGAAGUCACGCCAUCGAGAGAUUUUUGAUAGAAGAGCACCUGCGACAGAUCAUCAACAAUUAUUUUUUCGAGAGAAAAGAUUGCGCUGCUCAACUACUGAAUUUCCCCUUCAAAGCCAAAAUUCCUUUAGAUUAUUGCAUAGUUGAAGUAAUUUUCGGUGAGUUGUUUAGACUGCCUACUCCAAAGAAUCUGGAGAUCUGCUAUGGCUCAAUUUUGAUAGAACUUUGCAAGCUGCAACCUUCAACUAUGCCACAGGUCUUGGCUCAAGCCACAGAAAUCCUAUUUCGCCGUAUAGAUAGUAUGGCAGCUACUGCCUUUGAUCGUUUUGUCUGGUGGUUUGCAUACCAUUUAAGCAACUUUCAAUUCCGUUGGUCGUGGGAAGAUUGGGAUUCCUGCUUGCAACGAGAUCCGGAACAUCCGAGACCAAAGUUUAUACGAGAGGUCCUGCUUAAGGCGUUGAGAUUGUCGUACUUUCAAAGAAUUCGAGAUAUGAUGCCAGACACGUAUGUAGAUCUGAUUCCAGUACCUCCCGAUCCUGUGUACAAAUAUUCAUCUGAAGGUGCUAGUUCGCUUCCUGGUACAGCUGCAGCACAUGAAUUAGUAGUUUCUAUAAGACGCAAAUGUACACCGGAAGAAGUAUUAAAUGUGUUAAACACAUUACCUGGUCCUAGAGAAAAUGAAGAGACGAAUAAUUACAAUCCUUUAAAAAUUGACGUCUUUGUGCAGACUUUAUUGAAUCUUGGUUCAAAAAGUUUCAGUCACAGUUUUGCGGCUAUAGUUAAGUUUCAUUACGUUUUUAAGGUGUUGGCUGAAACAGAAGAAGCACAGAUAUGCAUAUUGAAAAAUAUGUAUGCAUUAUGGAAAAAUCAUUAUCAGAUGAUGGUAGUGUUAACGGAUAAAUUUUUAAAGACUGGUAUUAUUGAAUGCAGUGCUAUCGCUACCUGGAUAUUUUCCAAAGAAAUGGCAUCAGAAUUUACAAAGUUGUACAUUUGGGAAAUACUACAUUUGACGAUACGUAAGAUGAAUAAGCAUGUGACAAAGCUAAGUACAGAAUUAGCUGAGGCGAGAGAGAAAUUGAGGAGAGCGGAAAGUAGAUCGGGCUCGUCUUCGGACGAGGAAGACACUAAUAGAGAACGUAACAGGGAAAGACCAUCGGAAGAUGUUGUGGAACGAAUGGAGGAAAAAUUGGAAGCUGCACAAGCAGAUCAGAAAAAUUUAUUCCUCAUUAUAUUCCAGCGAUUUAUAAUGAUUCUGUCGGAACACUUGGUACGCUGCGACACGGAUGGAAUCGACUAUAACACACAUUGGUACAAGUGGACUGUAGGAAGAUUACAACAAGUUUUCUUAUCCCAUCAAGAGCAAGUACAAAAAUAUUCCUCGACCCUGGAGACUUUGCUUUUUACUCCAGAUCUGGAUCCUCAUAUUUUAGAUGUGUUCCAUCAAUUUGUCUCUCUUCGAGCAUAAAAAACCUAAGGGUUCACUUAUUUAUAUAUAUAUAUAUAUAUAUAUCAAGUAAAGAAUGAGUUAUAUCGUUAUAUGACAAUGCAGUAACGUCGAUACUUGUAUUUUCUUAUUUAAGUGAAACUGUACUAUCAACAAAAUUGUUUAAGAAAUUAAUAUUUUUAUCUUCUUCUUUGGUAAAGGUAUUGUUGAAAAAACUUAUUUUUUUUAUUAUGCAUUCCUCACUUUUGUUCAAUUAUUUUGAAUAAUUCAAGUAGAAAUUAAGGUAUCUAUAUGGAUAUUUUGUGGCACAAUUCUUGUAAAGUUUCGUUAUUUGGGUGAAAAACUUAUUAGAUUAUUUUAUAAGAAUAGUAUCUACUUUUCAUUCACAUUUAUUUAGCUGUGUUUGCUAAUGUAUAUAAAUACUAAGAAAUAAAUUAGUAUGUAAGUCAAAAGUAAUUCUUAAGCACUAUGUAAUAAAAUGUUAUAAAAGCAAAAACAGAAACUCAAGAAAAUUGAUCAAAUUUCUACUUAUAUAUUACAAACAUGAAUCAGAAUAUUCAUUUGUCUAUCUUUUAUAUUAAUAAAGAAAUAUAUACGUA